UAACGGAUCAACAUCUGUACAGCAGGGCGGUUGUCUUGUCAUAUGGAAACUUCUGGCCUUUCAAGAUGAUUCUUUUCCUGGUGCUUACCUCCUUGGGCGUAGCCUACGGCACCAACUACAAAUGUCACGGCAACGUCAUGGUGCUCACCGUCUCUGGGGCCAGCUCCAGCACUGCGAGACAGGACGGUCUCAGCACAGGCGGCCUACAGUCCUCCUACAAGAUGGCGGACAACGACUACAGCGAGCUGAAUAAAAGAAAGACGUGCUAUUACCAAGCAGGGAAAAACAACUGUAUCCAACCAGCCGUUGUCGCCGCCCUCGCCAGCAGAGAGUCUCGAGGCGGCAAGCUCCUCUACAGGUGAAGACCCUGCUGGUGCCCUACAUCAACCAGGUCAAGGCCAAACACCCGACCUGGACGCAGGACCAGGCCCUGAAGGGCGGCAUCAGCGCCUACAACGCCGGAGUGGGGAACGUGCAGACCUAUGCAGGCAUGGACCUCGGCACCACAGGAAACGACUACGCCAAUGACGUGUGUGCACGUGCGCAGAGACUCAUUAGUCACUACCACUGGGAUACUCUACCUCGUUACGAAUACUUUCAGACGACCGAGUCGGACGAUCGGCCCAAUCCUGCCGUAAUGGGCACCCCGUUUUACGUCCUCAAUCUGGCCGUUUUACCGCCCCGCCCCGACCCGAUCCCCCAAUGGUCACCCCGUACAAUUUCAACUGUUUUUAUUUAUCAGCCUUUUCCUUCGUCCAGGUCUGGUGGCUAUGGCAACGGAGGUAGCUCUUAUGGCAUCCUGCAGUGUAACUCCAAGACCACAAGUCUGGACUGUGACAAGUACGCUUGGGACAGCUGUCAGCACAUUAAUUUUAUGGUUCACUCCUUUCUCAUUCCCCGCAUCAAAGCCGUGAGACAAGCUCACCCCAGUUGGACCCAGGACCAGACCCUCCAGGCGGGCAUCAGCGUCUACAACACCGGGGUGACGAACGUACAGACAGUCGCCGGGGUUGAUAGCAGUACCCAGGGACGCGACUUCUCGAACGACGUGUGUGCUCGGGCCCAGAGACUGAUCAACCAUCACAAAUGGGAAUAAUAGUAAUAAAUGAAUAAUAAUAAUAAUAAUAACAGGUUGAAUCAGG